CAACAGUCAAAUAUACCAAAAAAAAAUUAAAUUUAUUUAUAAUAGUGUUGAGAGGGUGAAAGCCAAAGCCAAUACAUUGGUAGUUGAGUCCAACCGCCCCAACCGCUUGCUUUGUUUUCUUCAUCUUAUAUUAAAUCACCACCCUUCUUAUUUUAAUCAACUCAAACAAACUACAAUAUGACCAAGUUGUGGACUUUGAUCACCCAGCUUCAUUCCCUUGCUGGGCCGGUUUUGACGUUAUUGUAUCCUUUGUAUGCAUCGGUGGUAGCAAUAGAGAGUCCAUCAAAAGUAGAUGAUGAACAGUGGCUAGCUUAUUGGAUAAUCUAUUCCUUUCUUACCCUUGGAGAGAUGCUUCUUCAACCUGCUUUAGAGUGGAUACCGAUAUGGUAUGAUGUGAAGCUAUUGGUGGCGGCGUGGUUGGUUUUGCCGCAGUUUAAAGGAGCUGCUUACUUGUAUGAGAGGUUUGUGAGAGAUCAUAUACGGAAAUAUGUGACGGAGAAGGAGCACCACCGGGUCCAACACCGUCCUGAGAAUCCGAAUCCGAAGCUGGUGCAACAAGUUAACAAAAAAUCACCGACUGGAGCUAAAAGCAAGAAGAAGUUUGUUGAUUUUAUUAUUCCUAAGAAAGGUGAUCAGGAGGCUUAUUGAAUAGAGAUGGGUGGUCGGAUUUUCACCUGCUUCACUUUUGAAGCAUGGAGUAAUAUCAUGGUAUUUGGAGACUGUAUAAAUAUAUAUAUAUACCACUAGCUUGUAGUAACUCUUAAUGUAAUUGUGAGAACGUAUUAAUAUACGUAGGAGUAAUAUUAGUGGUAUUAAAUAACAUGUAUGUAUUU